AUGAAUAACAUACUUUCCUGGAACUGCAGAGGCUUGGGGAGUGCUUAUGCAGUGAAUGCGUUUAAACGCAUUGUCAUUACUGAACAUCCCCAACUGAUUUUUCUUUCGGAGACUAGGCUGAAAUCGUUUGAUAUGGAAAGGGUUAAAGUGAAGCUGGGUUUCGAGAAUUUUUUUGUUGUGAGUUGUGAAGGUGAGGGAAGGAAAAGAAGAGGUGGGCUUGCCAUAUUAUGGAGACCUGUUUUUGACAUUACUAUACAGUCAUUUUCUCUGAAUCAUAUUGAUAUUGGUGUCAUAAGUGAAGUGGAUGAAGAGUGGAGAUUUACGGGGAUUUACGGGUAUCCAGAAGAAGAAAAUAAAACCAAGACUGGAGCCCUGCUGGAGAAACUUGCGGGUAUAGAUGACAAACCUUGGGUCUGUGGAGGCGAUUUUAAUCUGAUGUUGAUGGCGUGUGAAAAGCAAGGAGGAAAUAGUUUUAAUGUCUCGGAGGCUGAGAUAUCAAGACAUGCUGCUAAUAUGUGUAAUUUUGAAGACCUUGGCUAUGUGGGUUAUGAUUUCACCUGGAAUAAUAACAGGGGUGGUGAAGCAAAUCUACAGGAAAGAUUGGAUCAUUUUUUUGCAACCGGAAAAUGGAAAGAUUUAUUUCCUGGCUCGAAGCAUUUCGGGGAUUUUUCAAAGGAAAUGCGUGACUGUAAAGGUAAAAUGGAGGUUCUGAUGAGGGAAGAGCCAACGGAUAGGGUGAUUGCGGAUAUGAGAGCGAUCGAUGCUGGAAUGGAUGAAUUGGAGAAACGUGAAGAGGUCUAUUGGCAUCAACGCAGCAGGCAGGAGUGGAUUACCAGUGGUGACAAAAACACGGCUUUCUUUCACCAAAAAGCUUAA